CCUCCGUCGGCACACUGAGCGACAGUCGGCGUGAACGUCGGUGAGCUGUGAAUGGACGUUAACGGGGAAUGUAGCUCCAAAUGUUUGAUCUGAUCUCUUCUGCCAUUUAUUCACGAGUGGGAGUCGAUGAGUGACGGAGGUGAUGUGAUGGCCGAGCUGGCAGGCAGGACAGACCAGAGCAGACCCUCAGCUGCACACUGAACCAAUCGGAUGCGAGACCUUAGAGCCUAGACAGAAUGGAUUUCUCCAAUUGCACUGACGGGGUGUUCAACACAAGCAACUGCAGCUACGACUCACUUGAGACCCCCAAGCCCCCUCCCAGUAAAGUCCUGCUCACCGUAACAUUGUCUGUGGUGACCGUCGUGACCACGUUCUUUAACUGCCUCGUGAUCACGGCCAUCGCAGUCACUCGCAAGUUGCACCACCCGGCCAACUACCUCAUCUGCUCAUUAGCAGCGACCGACCUUCUGGUGGCCGUGCUGGUCAUGCCCUUCAGCAUCAUGUACAUCCAGAAAGAGACCUGGGUCAUGGGCCAGGCGGUGUGCACCAUCUGGUUAAGCGUGGACAUCACCUGUUGCACCUGCUCCAUCUUGCACCUUGCUGCGAUCGCCAUCGACCGUUACAGGGCCAUCACCGAUGCGGUGGAAUACUCUCGCAAACGCACGGGGGCCAGAGCCGGAGCGAUGGUGGCGCUGGUGUGGCUCCUGUCCAUCCUCAUCUCGCUUCCUCCGAUGGUGUAUCGGCACUACAGCGGAGACUCGGACCACGAGGACCAGUGCAUCAUCACCCACCAUCACAUCACUUUCACCUUGUAUUCCACAUUUGGAGCGUUUUACAUCCCCCUGCUGCUCAUCCUCAUUCUCUACUAUAAGAUCUACAAGGCUGCUCAGACGCUCUACAUGCGCCGGGAGGCUAGCAGGGCCAGCCGUCACUCCUGUAUGACCAAUGGGAGCAUGAUCCCGUCCUAUCCAACAGGAGAUGGCGACGUCGAUGGAGGGCCUCGAAGUCCUGAGCCCAUUAGCCCCCAAGAGAAGUCUGUCUCAGAUCCCUCGAAUGAGGAACCUCCUCGUGAGCGUGCACGUGCCUCGAAAACUUUCCAGUACAAGUCUCGCCGGCACGACUCUCGGAGUGAGUCUCGACGCAGCCAGUUGUACCAGGGACCCCGGAUCUCAGGCGCACGGGAACGCAAAGCAGCAUCCACACUGGGGUUGAUCAUCGGGGCCUUUGUCAUCUGUUGGCUGCCAUUUUUUGUCAAGGAGGUGAUUGUCAACACUUGCAGUUCGUGUAGUACUUCAGUGGAGAUGGCUGACUUUCUCACAUGGUUGGGAUACCUUAACUCUCUGAUCAACCCACUCAUCUACACAAUCUUCAAUGAGGACUUCAAAAAAGCCUUCCAAAGACUUGUUCGGUGCAGCCAUUACCUCUGAUGGCUAAUUUAUGCAUGACACCAAACCCUUACUUCAUCCAACGUACACAUGGAUCAGAGAGGCAGCGAGACUCAUGGCUUGAAGUCUAAACGUGUUGACUGAAUACUGACACAAUAUGCCUGAGAAGAGGAGGACUGACACCCAUUUCCAGACCCUCGAUCUGCCACUUCAACAGGCUAAAUGGGAGCAGCUCGGCAAUGAGCUUCUGCUGCAAAGUUCCACAUUCAAAUCCAAGUCCUGCUAUUAAUAGAAAAGCCUGAGUUCUCUUUGAUGUUAAUUGGUGUGUGUGUGUGUGUG